AAAUAACACAAUAUGGCGGAUUGACAACGAUGUAAACAAUCAUUAUGAAUGAUAAACUUGUUAAACGGAAUACAAAUUAAAUGGUUCAUUAUUUUGUAAUUAUUCUUGAUUAAAGGAGUGGAGAUAAAUGCUUUUCAACUUAAUUUGAAGCUGUAACAACGAUCUUUAAAAUGGCAGCUUCGAUUCGGCGUAACACAUACAUUUUAGAAAAGUAAGUAGGCCUAGCUAGUCUAAGCCUAAGUUGAAAAAUAAGUAAAAGUUAAAGUAGUAAGUAAAUAGUAAAUUAGUUUAGACAGUAGUAAUUCAAUAAUGAGUAAUGGGUAAUCCCUUAUUUUAGCAUUUAAUGCGACCAAUUAUUUCUAGUGAAAUAAAUUAAAAACUUCCUGUUUACCUGAUGAGACUACAUCAAAAUCAAAACACAUAAUGUCACAUGUUGAUGUUGUUAUCUGUUAUAGUCACCAUUGAAAUUUAUUGUUUUCCAGUUAGUUUGUAGUAAUAGUAGUAGUGUAUUUUUGUUGUUCUAAGGGAUUUUUAAUAUAAAACACGUAGUUAAAAAAUCAGUCGAUCGAUAACUUUGAUUAUUGUCUAUUCAGCAAAUGUAUGGCCAGAUGUUUUCCUUUUUCCCAGUCUCAGACUAAAAGCAAUAUUCUUGCAGUUAAAGUAUGGUAAAAAUAAUAGAAAAUUAGGCUGAGCGACCUUAUGGUAAUCUGGGUUAUGGGGAUAAGCACGAUUUAAUAUGAAAGACCUUUGCUUUGAAUUUCAAAAAAAAUUUAUAUGCGAAGAUGCCUUAUAAAUACCAAAGAUUUUCAAAAUAAUGGUCUAUUGAAAAAGCAAAAUAGUUGGAUGAAAAUGUAGGCCAAUAUGUCUUCCAAAGUGAAAAGGUGGAAGCGGAACUCAACUAGAUGUAAAAAAUGCUCAUUUAUUAAUGAAUUGACCAUCACAUUAAGAAAUUUAAAAGUCAGAUUUUACUACGCCGACGCCCAUUCCCGACAUAAAAUUUGCAGUGGUCUCACUUGCUUUACUGAAGUAUCUUUGUCUGAUGGUUUUAAUAUAAUGACACGGAUGAUUGGCAUUACACCUACAUUCUCCCCCCCCCCCUUUUCCCUAAGUGCUUUUGGAAUAUAUGGAUAAUCCCUUGAAGCCUUGGGGGUUGGGAAGGGGGUUAGGAUUAGAAGCUGUUUACCAACCGAAGCAGGAGACACACACAAUCAGCAUUAACUUAUGAAUCAAGUUAUUUGACCAAGAGUGACUGGGAACUCGUUAUAACAUAAAAAAAAUAAAAUGAUGUCAAAGAAUGACAAUGUAGGUGUUCAAGUGUUGUGGCAUAAGCAGCUGACCAGAGAAACUGUGCAAAACAGGGAGCCCAGGCAAGAGACGCAAAGUGUAGAGUCUUGACAUUAUAGAAUUCCACCAACAUCAAAGAGCAACCAAUGUCCAAGCCACCGAUGGAACAGGGAACCAGUGGCAUGGCUUGCCUUGGUGGUGUUGAUGUGAUGACUUUGUUUAAGUUCGGCUUAAAUUUAGUGGUGUAGAAGAAUGAUUUAUAGCAGAGCUCGGAGCUUUGGAGCAAGGUUGUUCCCAGAGCUGGAGUUGAUGAAAGUUGUCCUGAGUGGAGUGGAGCUUGGGGGGGGGGGGUUGGGGGGUUUAAAAAUUUGUGCCAAUGGGUUUAAUUUGUUUCCAACAUUUGUGAUGACUGAGGAAUGGGGGCCAAUGGUGGGUGGAGGAAAUUGGCCAUGAUAGCAUGAGGUCAUUUAUUAAUGGUCAUCUCAUACUGAUGGUAAGCAAAUAUAUGAUCCAUGAUUGGUCAGCUCUAAUUUUGACCCCCCACCCCUUCUUCCCCGUUUUUUUCGUACCCCAAUGCGCCUAAGUUGACUGAUUUUUGCUGAAUAAAAUAAGAGAGUGAGGGUGAUCAUAUACAAUAAGAUAGACUCAUUUUGUUGUAAUUAUGGUAGUGAGAUCACUUUGUUCAAAAUGGUAGGAUGACUAAGAUUAACCAGAAUUCAAAUUGUUGAUCCCACUGAAAUUUCAAAUGAUGUGUCAAUUUAGUCUGAGAUUUGGCUUAUGCGUUUACUUUGCGAAGCAACAAAAAACUUCAAUACUACUAUGGAAUUUCUUGCAAGGCAAUCUCUUUUGAAGAACAAAAAGGAAUGCAACUACUGCAAUGUGGCAUGUAAACUCGCUUCUUACAAUCAAGGAAUUGACAAAACAAUAUGAUUGUCUCCUAUUUGUGGUUUGAGAAAAAGUAUACGAGAUCAUAUGGCUCAUUUUUCUCUUGGAGCCAUCUACCAUUAUCAAAAAUAGUCAUUCUUAUAUGCUGUUUCGCAAAUGGUUUUCCUCAUGAUGUUACAAAGCUUGAGUCUAAAAUACAGAACUAAAACACUGUGAUUGAGUGGUUCAAUUUUAUUCGAGAGGAUAUAGGGGAUUGGUGGGUUGUGGGUUGGACAAUAAUGGAGAUCCCAUGUUUUUUGAGGUUGAUGAAUCCAAAUAUUUUCACAAAAAUAUCACAGAGGAGCAUGGCGUUAAGGCCGCUGGGUAUUUGGUUGGAUAGAAAAGUCACUGAAAAAUACUUCUUAGUGGAAGUUCCAGACAGAAAAGCUGGUACCCAGGAAAACAUUUUUGUCCAGCAUGUUUGGCAAGAACACAUAUAAAAACAGAUGGAUAGGCAGGUUAUAGAAAUCUGAAACCAUUAUCCAAUGGCAUAUUUAUGCAUUCAGUCAUGAUGUAUGAAAGGAAUUUUGUGGAUCCCAAGGAUCCAGAUGAACACACACAAAACAUAGAAAACCAAACAUAAACUAAAAAGACAGUUAGGAACAAGUGAUACAUUGUUUCCAUCAUAUUAAAAGAAGUUUCAGUUCUGUUGCAAUAUCAUCAAGAUUAAGGCGUUCAACAAACUUUUGACUGUGUUAAAAAGAUGAUAUAUUGUUUAAAACAUUUUAAAUAGUUCAGUUUUUUCUUGGACUUCCCAGAGCAUAAAAGGUUAGAUCUUUUAAACUUUUAAUUUUUUCUGUACCAGUUAGUCUUUGUGUUUACUGGUAGCUGAAAAAUACUUUUGCCAACAUCAUUGUUGUAUGCUAUAAUAUUUUGUCGGAUUUUUACUGUUUUCUCUAUUCCAUGAUACAUAAUACAUCAUGUUAACACCACAAGUUUUUAUUUUCAUGCUACUUAGGCCUAUUUUUGAACAGUUCUCCCACUAUGUCACUAAUUUGAAAAGCUUAAGAAAAUAAUGCACCUAUUAUAUAGAUAAUGUCACCCUCUGAUAUUUGCACCCAGGACGAGAAGGGACAAAAUACUGCAGAAAUGAAAUAAAUGACCUAUUUGUUGUAAAGAAUUUUGUGAAUUAAAUUUAAAAACUAUUUAUAUGAAUAUUUAAUUUUGAUAGUUAAACUAGAACAUUAUUUCAUAAUAAUUAACCAAUAAAAGAUACUUGAAAUAUGUAAGAGCUAAAUAUUUAACAUUCUAAACUCACCACUGGUUUAGAAAGUGAUAUCGGAAACCUAUACAUAAUUAAAUAAAGUUAUAAAAUAAGUACAACAUUUAUUUCUAGACACAUCCAGUUGGGCAACUCUCAUUACCUAUUUUUGAAGACAAAAGAGUUCUCCUUGAUUUAUCACAGUGACAAGGGAUUCAUGAAAUGUACUUUUUAUAUGUACAAUUUUAUAAAAUAGUUGUUGUAUUUGAAAAAAAAGACGGUAUUUUAUUUUUAUUUUAUCAAAAAAGACGUUUAAUGUAGUUACAUGAGGUAAAUGGGAAGUUUUUAAUUAUUUUACUGGAAAUAAUUAAUUGCGUUAAAAUAAGGGAUGACCUGAGUAAUGAACUGUAAUGUCAGUACUGAGUGGUAAUAGGCAGAAAAUUCACGUACAAAAAUUUGAAACUCUUAUGUUAGUUCGUCCGCUGACUCAAUGAGGACCACUUACUUUAAUAAUUCUAUAAGGUGCUGGGGGGCUGAGUCUGAUUCUGUAAUAGGUGCGCAGAUGGCUAUUGAGGCUUUUUCUGGUACCAUUUUAUUCAAUUUUCUUGUGCAGUGGGUGCAAGGCAUAGUAAUGAACUGGGCUUUUUUGGAUUGUCUUUUGUGUUCUGCAGCAGCUGCUCUGCUGGCUUCAUGUUGCAUGUAGCUUUUAUGUGUUAAGGAGUCUUUCCCUACCUGCCAACGGUCCCACAGUCCACAGACUACCCCCUUAUAAUGGCCUCUUACUAUGAUUAUGGCUUCUUGCUGCUAUGUCCAUUGUAUUAACAGUCAUCUCAAUCUUUACCAUAUCAUAUACCGGUAUUUAAUAUCUUGUAUUUGCAUGCCCAUGCUUUAUUUUAAACAGCUUAUUUCUUACAAGUCGUUCAUGUCAGGUCAGCUACUGCAUUUACAAUAUAAAUUUAUAAAAACUGUAGCAACAAAAAAUGAUCUUGGUUUCUAGGAUGAUGACUGAUGUAUUAAAAUUUAAUCAGAGCUAUGUGUCAUUAUCAUGUAAUAAUAAUGUCACUAUUCAUAAUCAAGCUUGCUAUUCUGAUGUUUAGCUCAGGCCAAAACCUGGCAUCACUGGGUCCAACAACUGGUAUAGAUCGCCAAAAUAUAAUGCGGCUAAAAGUUAAUAGAAUUGCAUUGGUCCAGGAACUGCGAGUAGAACAUAUAACUGGAUUGCUGAUGGAAGCAGGUGUUAUAGCUGCUAAAGAUCUUAAAAAAAUUGAGAGUGGAAGAACAUCCCAGGUAAAGUUGGUCAAAUUCAAUUACAGACUUAUUGCAGACUUAUUUAAAAAUUAUUAUCCACAAUUUGUUUAGUGCAGACUCAUAAUAAUUGAUAUACAGACCAGCCCUUUAAAAAAAAAUAAAAACAUACAUUAAUUUUUAAAAAAAAAUAGAAGCUUUUAUGGCUUUAAAUAUUUUAAGAAUAAUUUUUUUUUAAAACAUAAUUUAUGGAUUUUAGAUUGACUGUCAUGAAAUAAUAAACAGAAUAUGCUCCAAUCUACAAAGACAAUUUAACAUCUUACAUAACCUUAUAUUAUACAACAACAUCAUCAAUGAAAGUAAAUAUCUAAUCUGAGCAUGAAAUUGUUUGAAUAUUUAAAUCUAGGACAAGGCUCGUAUUUUGGUUGACCUGUUACCCACGAAGAGCAAGAAUACAGAAUGGUACAAACAUUUUAGAGAAGCUCUGCAGAAUCCUGAGGCAAGCCCCGAAACAAAGAAAAGAUAUAAAAACUUAGUGGACUUUUUAGACAACACUGUAAGUUUGAAAUUAAAUUUUUUUAGUUUGCAAAUAAAAACUGUCAUUAUCAGUCCAGGAGUUCUAAUGUUUUUAUUGAAGCCUUUGUAAAGACUAUCUUUCUUGCAAAUCUGAGGGGUUUGUAAGUUUGUAGCUUUGUAGCAUAAUUUGUUGUUGCCACACAUAACCCUCUUGUUGAGCAGAUUCAGUCUGCCUCAUGCUGAUCUGUAAAGUCUCAAUUGAAUUGAUUACACAAAGAUACAGCUCCAAUAAGCUGGGUCUAGAUAGAGAGGUGGGGUUGGUGUGGUGAGUGAUGAGUAAAAGAUUGUAGAAAAACAACAACCCUAUCCCCUUUUAUUACAACAACCAUUUGUCUUAACUUCAGGAUUAUAGGAUCAGGAUGGGGAAAGGGUUGGUGUAGGGUAUUUCAGCAUUAGACUCUGAUCAAUGAAUGGCAAGCGGUCAUUAAAAUCUACUUUUAUGUUUUAUGCCUGGGUAAAAAGCUAAGUAACUUUACCCAGGAUUUUAUAAGCACUUUUUGUUUUUUAAAAAUUAUUAUUUUGUAAAUACCGUAUUUUCUGGCGUAUAAGACGACUUUUUAACCCAUUAAAAUCUUUUCAAAAGUCGGGGGUCGUCUUAUACGCCAGGGAUUGUCUUAUGAGCUGGUAUACAGUCCAAACCCUAGAUUUUAACAGGAAAAGUAGGGGGUCGUCUUAUAUGCCCAGUCGUCUUAUACGCCGGAAAAUACGGUAAUUUACAAAUUAAAAUUUUCAUACUAAAAAGUAGAAAAUUUAAAAAAAUAAAAAGGAAUUUCUUUUGAAAACAAGUUUCAACAUUCUAAAAAUAGAAAAUAAUUGUAUUUAAAUUUCUUACAAUUUCAAUCACGAAAUCUUUUCAUAUUUUUUGCACUUAAAAUAAUUUUAUUUGUUAUUUUUUACAUGUUGGGUUAAUUUAGGUUAUUCAUCGUCCAACAUCCCAAGCUGGAAGAUUUAGAGACAUGAAACCACAGGCAAUACCAGUGAGGAGUUUACCUCCCAUUAAUGGGGUUGAAAAUGAUGUCCAUCCUGAUGUCCAACGCUACUCACCAUUACCAAAUAUUGACAGUAGACAAUCAAAAGAUGAAACAAAUUGGUAAGAUGUGAGGAAUACAUAUUUCAAAAUAACAUUUUUUACAUGUUAAAAGAUGUGUGAAAUUAGCUGAAUUAAUUAUUCGAUUUUUGUUCAGCUAUCACAUGUUUUGUAAGAUAUUUCUUUUCCUUUGUCAAGUUUUUUAAAAAUGCCACCAAUUGAGGACUAACUUUUAAAAUUUUAAUGUAAGUAUUCAAAGACUUCAAAAUAUGAAUAUUUUUUAACAUUAUAUAUAUUUUUUCAGUGAAUUAAAUACAGCAAAGUCAACUCCAGGUGUAGAAGAUGUUUUAGCUUUGCAGAAGCACAGAAAUAUGACAUUAGUGAAAGGCUAUUUUCACCAAUGGCUUCCAACCCCAGAAAAUUAUAAGUAUGCAGCUUACUGUUCUAAAGAUUUGACAUUUUAUUCAAAAUUCAACAGUCCAUUUUGUUAUAAUAAUUGUUCAUGAUAACAGCUAGAUGUGUAUUUGGACAUUGCCAAGAGCUAUAAAAGGCUGGCGGUAGUACAUUUUAUAUAUGACAGGUAGUAAAAGAAAUAACUUCAUUAUCUUUCCUUGAUGCAAAAAAUAGUGUAUAAUGAGAGGUUAAAUUGCUACCCACUGUCACUUGCACCCAGUAGAUUUUUUUAUUUUACAUCUUUCAAAAUGGUUUUAUUUUGGCAGUGGGCAUUUAACUGGUAAAACUACAUUUAUUUUGGCAGUGGCCAUUUAACUGGUAAAACUACAUUUAUUUUGGUAGUGGCUAUUUAUCUGGUAAAACUACAUUUAUUUUGGCAGUGGCCAUUUAACUGGUAAAACUACAUUUAUUUUGGUAGUGGCUAUUUAUCUGGUAAAACUACAUUUAUUUUGGCAGGGGCGAUUUAACUGGUAAAACUACAUCUUUAUGGAAGUGGCCAUACUUAAGAAAAUUAAAAUCUUAUUCUACUGUGUGACAAUAGAUAAACUUUCAAAAUUGGCUGAUAUGAACUGCUUGGCAAAAAAAAAAAAUUGGCUUUGUUUGUGUUUAAUCUUUUUGCUUCUAUUAUUAUGAAGUGAUAAGUUAUUUGAAAGCUUUGUGGAAUCAUUUAAUCAACAAAUGAUUAUAAAUUUGGGAAAUUUUUAUAACUAUUCUCUCCCUUAAAAUGAUAUAUGUGUUGCAAUUUCGAUUCUCUUUUCAUUUUUGAUUCAAUUGAUUCCUAUAUCAAGGCUAUCAGGCUGUUAUAGUUAUUUCGUUGAUUCUAUUAGAAUUAGCUCUUUUCAUGUGGCAUAAUUUAGAUCAGACCAAGUGCAGAAAAAAAUCUCAGUAGGCAACAAGUGAACCAAUUUGUUUAAUAUUUUUUAGGUCUGUCCUAGAUCUUCCUGAAUCUCACAGAGAGAAAUUAGCAUCUUCAGAAAAUCCCCAAGAUCACAAACUGUUGGAGAAGGAAGAGACCGCUUUGAACUACUUGAGACGAGUUGAGGUGAUCACUGUCCUAGCUCAGCGCAAGCAGCUUCCAAUGGGAUUUGAGAUGUGUCUGUGUGAUGCUGUUCAGGUAGGAGCUGAUAUUCUGUUGAUGUUGUUAAGUAUUCAGUAAUUUAUGAAUAGGCUGCAGAACCCUAGCACAAUUUCAGGUAACUUUACGACAACUGUUCAUAAAAAAUUGGUAAACAAUCAUUUAUUUUAAACAAUCAUUUGUCUUGUAGAUAUCUUUUAAAAAAUUUCAUGAAAUUUAUUUGUUUCUAUGAAAUUAGUAUCCAAUAUUCUUCAUCCUGUUUUGGAGAAUGCAUGUUGCUUGACCAUAUUAUACACAUUUAUUAAUUUUAAAUCAAAUUUUUUAUUUGACAGGAUAUAUUAAAUCAGCCUGAGACCCAUCACCUGUAUAUGAAACACCUGGUCACUAUGGAGGCAUCUGAGAUUAUGUUGGUCAAGGACCUGAUCUCAUCAUACGAGUCAGUCUUACAGCUGUUGGACAAGUCUAGCACAUCAGACAUUGCCACUCAGGCAAGAAUUCAAUUCUGACAUAUAAAUAUUUAUUAAAAUAAUAUUUAAUAAAUUUCAUUAAAAAAAAUUAAAAACACUGAGAGAAGAAAAUAAGCACCACCAGCAUUCUGUGUACAAAAUUCUAUUGAAACUAGCACCUACCCAUGGAUAAGUUGACUCAGCAUUUUAAAAUGAAGUUUACGACAGAAAUUUCUCAACUUAUAUACAUGAGUAUAUACAAUGAGGAAUAAUAAAUAUAAUUUCAAAGUUUAAAUUUUCAAACUGCGAUUAAAAUAUGUUCUGCUUAGGUUGUGCAGACGGGCUUGAAAAUGGCGAAUUUUCUCAUCACGAUCAACAAGUAUCCCGAAGCAGAUGGAAUUCUAGUCAGCACCUUGCAAUUCCUCAAACAAAGCACUCAUUUAGACUUCUGGGUAGCUCGCUAUCAGGCAUACGUCAAGCUCAUGCAGACACGAAAUUUAUCCUACCAGCUGGACAAGGCCCAGAAUGCCUAUUUUGAUGCAGUGCAGAUGCAGUAUCAAAUCAAGCUGAUGUCUUUUGGUCAGCCAGUGUUGCAUGAGGGCUCCAUGCAUGCUGAAACAAGUCAAAUGUUGUUAGAGUACGGCUCUAUCAUCUCGGCCCAUGGCUGGGCCAGGAAAGCUCUGAAGGUAAUCAACUCACUGCUAAAGUUAAAUCCAUGUGCAUCUCGAUUAUCCUCUAAUGCUGCAGUCAUAAGUCAUGGGAUCAUUCACGCUGUGCUUUUGUUUUGGUUCACAGCUGUAUAUCUUCACGUUCAGCCAGAUUUGAGAACCUGUUUAAGAUUUUAAUGAUAAAUACACAAACUGAAAAUAUUCAAAACUUCAUCAUCAAUGUUUUCAAAGUUUCAAUCACAGUUCGUAAUUUGUAGCAUUUAAUAGUAUUUCAAUUUUUGUUGCACAGGAAGUUGACCCAGAUGACCCAGUGUCUGUUGUUAGAGUGCUCUGCGUGGCAAUCAACUCUUACUGUGCUCAGUGGCUGGUCAAGAGAGCGGAGCUGUUGGCCAUUUAUGUUGUGCAGUAUGCCAGGUAAGCGAACAUAAUAUACUGAAUACUGAAACAACAUUUUCAAUGGAUAGGGAUAAGGCUAGAAGACAGACCUGAGUGCUAGUUUGGAGUGCCAAAAUGCACUUGUUUUGAUAAGAUUUUUUAUGUUUUAAUUUUAUGAGUCCUAGACAGUUCCAUACAUUUAAAAAAAAAAUUCCUUGCAGAGAAAAAUUUGGAGAGAGACAUCCAAUGUACAUUGAGGCACUGCUACACUUUUGUCAUUUUAACACAGAGUUUAAACAAGAUGAGUUGGGAAUUAAAAUAGCAAAGGCAAGCAAUUUAACUAUUGUAAUUUAAGUAUAACACUCAUUUGCUAAUUGCUUUUGUUUUAAUUUUAGCAUAUAGUUUUAAAUAUUACCAGGUAUGUAAAAUUUAUUAAAAAAUGCAAAAAUGAACAAUUUAAAAAGGACUUAUUAAAUUGAUCUUUUAAUAUAUAUGUGGAGACAAAAUAGUUAAGACUGACGGAUGCAAUUAAAAAAAAUUAUAAUUUUUUUUUUUUUCUUCACUAUAUUUUCAAGGAGCUUCUAGAUGUGGCUGAAAGGACUUAUGGAUGUGAAAGUAUACAUGUGGCCCUAGCUCAUCGCGCCAUCAGCAGAUCCCUGAUGUGCAUGCAUAAACUAGACACAGAGGACUAUUACACACAUGCCAUUGAAGCUGUGAGAAUAGCCCGCUCUUUGCUGGGGCAAAGUGGAAAACAGUUGCACAUAUUCCUGGAUACACUUGGUAAGUUUUAGCUAUAGAAUGUACCCAGAGCCCUCUUGGAGGUCUCCAACCCUUGCGGCCGCAGAAUUUUCAAUUUUUUAAGGGUUACAAAUGAGUGAUAUGGACAAAAUAUAACUACCGGUAUCAGCUUUGAAUGCAAGGGCUCAAAACCGAAAAGUGGCAGGGGGCCGCCUCCAAAAUUCCGACGUCUCUGAAUGUACCAAAAACAAAGAAUUUCUGAGUUUGCCGAUAUAGUUUUCAAAUUACAUAAUUCUUUUUUAUGUUUUAUUUUUAGUUCAUGUUUGAACAUGGUUAUUAAAAAAAACUUAGAUUCUCCAACUCAUUCUAUACAAAACUUAUAACAUACAUCCCUAAAUCAAAAUAGUCAAAAGUAUUUUGGUGCGGGAGGAGGGGGGGGUUGAGGUGGAAAAUAAUAGAUGUGUACAGGGAUACACAGAUAAUCAAAACUUGGUGAUAGUGGUCAUUACAUUAUCAAAUAAAAAUUUAAAAAAAUUACCCUAAAAAUCCCUAAAAAAAUAUAAGAAGCUACAUGAUGAGAUAUUUAGGAAGCUUCAAAAUGAGAUAAAUGUUAGUAAACUUCCUUGUUAACAGCCUCUGCACUGCAGUGGAAAGCCCUUCACUGUCCCAAAGAGCUCCACGACUCCACUCUCCACUGGGCUGAGGCUGAAGCUAAACAAGGUCUGGCUUUAGUCACAAAUACCUAUGGGGAGAUCAGCCUCAAGUCUGCUCAGAUGUUGCUUUUACUUGGCCAUAUUUACUCAAAAAUGAACAAGUGAGUUUAUAGUUUAGAAAUUAAACGAAAUUUUACCUAUUUAUGUGUAAAGGCCAUUUGUAACAAUUGAAGUAAAUCCAUUGAAAAAUAGAUUUUAAAGUAACUUUAAUUACACUGGCCUAUUUUCUUUUUCUAUUUUCUUUUUAAUUUUUUAUUGCCUUUUAGUUUUUUUUUGUUUUUUUUUACACAACUUUUUUUCUUCUUAUUUUGCCAGUCACCCAGUCAUUGAGGAAGACUUGUAAGUAUAUUUUUGUGAAUAUACCAUUACUUUAUUCUCUCUCUAUUUAUCAAGAUAAUAUUUAAAUAUUAAAAUAAAUUUUCCGGAAGAUACACAUGAAUAACUAUUUUUUAAAACAUCAGAAACAUCAUCCAAUAAACAUUUCAGGGAAGUUUAAAGCCAUCUUAAUUGGUGUGUGUUUUUUAGCAUAUUUUCUAGGUCUCGCUAAAAGUAGUCAAUACCAUCCCCAAUUAGGUUAGUGUUGUCAGAACGGCUCCUGUGCCAGGCAGUAGACUACCUCAAACUAUGUCAGCCACCAUCCAGCAACUAUCUGCUCCUGGGCAUGGCCAACCUCGGCACAUUUUAUAAGAUUCUCCUCAAGCCCGACCUGGCCAUACCUAGACUGAAGUAUGUUGUGGAACAUGCAGGUAAUGCAUUGCAAUUUUAUUGUCUUCAUUUUUUUAAAAUAUGGUUAAGUAAUUACAUCUAGCCAUAUAAUUACCAAAAUAUAGGAUAGUGUGCGCAAGGGGAAAUACUUCUGAACUUAUUAUUGGAGUGCCUUUAUUUCAAUCACAGUCACAAACAAAUCUUAAUGCAAUUUUAUUCAACACAAUUUGAUGCCUGCAUAAACUUAAAGCGCCUUGUUGUUUCGGAGGAAGUAUGCUUGCCUACCACACGAAUGACCUCUGUUUCAUUCUCAUCUCAUUUAAAAUAUUGUUUUUUACUUUUUGUUAUUUCAUUGGUGAAAGCUAUAUUUAUCUUUCAUUGAAUUAUAAAAAAAUGUAAAUAAUUUUUGUUUUAAAUUUCAUAGAUUGCAGGAAUCAAUUCUGUUUCCACAUUUGUUUGGAUCAUUUCUAGCUAUUUACAUCACACUGAAACAAUUCCUCUACUUGAUACUGUGUUUAUAAAAGGCUUUCUUUUUCUGUCACCCAAACAUUUAUUUUGUUAAUUUCCUACCAGAAUCCACAGGUUGGUAUAUCAAGUGGGUACACAUGUGCUUUGAUUCCUUGGCUGCACUCUACAACUCUAUCGGUGAUGAUAAGGAGGCAGACCUCGUGCAGGUCAGGCUCUCACAGUGGCUAAAGGCCAACCCCAUCAAAUCUGAAUCCAUUGACUACUCACAGCUGCAACAAGUGCCCGUGCCAUUCACAUCGUUUUUAGCCAAGGCAGACAUAUGGGUCACAACAGUACAAAAGGUCAUGGCAUUGCCAUCGGAGAAGGCUUUUGUUGCAAUGGGUGAGAACGAUUCAGAAUUAACUGAUAAUUGCAUUGAUGAUGAGAUGAAUAAUGAUAAGGAAGAAAUUUAGCAUACAUUACCUUAGGAAUACAUGAAAAAAAAAUAAUCAAAAUUAUUUUUCACCUAACAAAUGUAGAUUAUGUACCAAUUUUCAAAUUUAUUAUAUUAUCUCAAUUUUACACCCAAUUUGCCUUCUUGCUGCAUCUGAAAAAUCUAUUUUUGGUAAUUGAUCUGUAUUUGUACACAUAAAAGUCCCGCAAAACUUUAUUUAGGCUUAUAUUGACAAAAUAAGCUAUACGUGAUUCAAUAUUGUAAAUUUAUUGGAAUGCAAUAUUUUUGUAUAGAUUAUAACAAUUCACCAAAAUGUCAUUUUUAUAAACUAAAAGUCUAAAUCUGUUUGUCUAAGUAAUAAAGCUAAGCUUGAGCAAAGUUGACAAAAACAACUUAAAAAUAUAUAUAUAUUUUUUUUUAAAAAUCAGGACAUAAAUUUAAUUUUUAUGCAAUAUAGACAAAUAAUGAGGUGAGCAUAUGUUAAAUGGUCAUUUAUUUGGUGUUUGUUAUUUUAUUUAAUUUUACGCUUAAUCACGGUACACCGCUAUCAUUUCUCGUUGACAUCACUCACAUAACAAAACACAUUUUACUUCAGGUACAUUACUUUUUUCUAUUUGGUUGCUGUCAUGUAAAAUUAUCUACACUUUCAGGGGACAUGAACAAAAGACAUUAUGUACCUUUAGUGGUCAACUAUGUUUGGUAAACUUGGUAACUAUGCAGUUUUUUUGCUUUGAAAUCAAGCAACUUUUAGCCUUUUAGCCAAACCUGUGCUUGUAAAGAACACAAUAGUAAUACAUUAAUGCAGUCCCCUAAAACACCAGCAAUGACUGCUUGAACUUAAGAAAUGGCUGCAGUGUGGAAAAGACUCUAAAACAUUGAAAUGCUGACUGAAUUUUGAAAUUAGAUUAGAGACUAACAAUUUUUUUUAAAACUUGCACUAACUUAGAUGAUCACUAACAACCAAAUUUUAUGUAAUUUUUUGGUGGGUAAUUCUAUAUAUUUGAAAGAUUUUAAUAUUUCUUUUAACUUUUAGUACUUUAGCUUACAAAAGUGAAAGCUCUCCGUUUGUUAAUUGCAUUAAUUAAUUGAGUUUUAUUUUAGUAGUAAAAGGUAAUUUUUUUGCGUGUGUGAAUUUGCAGUGAUAUGGCCAUCAUAUCUUAUUGAGACCCAAGGACACAAUGAAUCACUCUUUAUUUUUUAUUAUUUUUUUAGUUAUUUGUAGACAGACAGAGCUGUGAAUCUUCCCAUAAAUAUUGGUAGGUUGUUUCCUUCAAUGACCAUAGACUAAUGUUGAUGUGUGACCAAACAAUUUUUUGGAAAGUAAAGAUGGCAAAAUUUUAUCUCAUGCCAUGUCAGUCUUAGUGGGCUGAGUUUUUUUAGCAAUGUUUUCUCACUAAUAGCUGCCUUCCUGUAUUAACUGGUCAAUCCACCCUUACUUGUCAUAGGAAUUUUUCUUUUCACAGCUUUUUGCCUUUCCAGAGUCAGUGUGACUGUAUGCCUGUAGCCGGCUGUGACCACACUCAAACUUUUGUUCAAAUAAUCUCAAACUUGUGAUCACGAAUAGACAGGCCACUAUUUUAAAAAAAUGAAUAAUAUAAUUCAUGGUUGCCCAAUUUUUAUUGCGUGUAUAAUUUAGUGACAAACUGAGAUCUUACAGUCAUUUAAAAGGUUUAUAUUAACUCUUAAGACAUGCAUAAAAGGAUUAAAAUAAAUUGGAAUGUUAUUGUGUGGGGCAUUUGUUAAAACUUAAAAUAUCCUAUUGAAUAACUCUGAAAUAUGCAACUGUUUUUGUUAACUUGUAUAUGAUGCCUAAAUGAUUUUAUUUUGUGGAAAUAUUUUGUAUUCUUUAAACCAAAGACCUUAACAAAAGCAAAAUGUAACUUGCAUAACCUUCAUCUGUAUGUUUGAAAUGUACUUCAUGCCUUGCACAAAACAUUAUUUUUGUUUAUCUGCUGUUUCAAAUGAGUUACUCAUUGAACUCAUUCCAAAUUAAUUUAUUUCUUCAAAUGUAUUUUAAUUUUAGCAAACAGUAUGUAACAAGGAAUUUUGUUAAAGGAUUAUUUUACUUUCAAUUUUGGCUGCCUAUCAUUUACAAGUUUUGAACAUUGUUGAUGUUACAGUUUUUAAUUUUUAAUGUAUCG